AUGAGUGUGCUCCCUGAGGGUGCAAGAGCGUCUUCUGUGUUUCAGGACCUGAUGACAUUUGAGGAUGUGGCUGUGGAAUUCACCCGGUGGGAGUGGGGGCAGCUGGACCCUACUCAGAAGGACGUGUACCGGGAAGUGAUGCUAGAGAAUUUCAAGAACCUGGCCUCCCUGGGGUUUCCAAUGUCCAAACCGUAUGUGAUCUGCCGGUUGGAGGAAGGGGAAGAGCCCUGUAUUUUGGAGAGAGACAUCUCAACAGGUGCCCCCGCAGGAUACUAUAAAUGUGAUACAGAUUUCAGAGAGACUUCAGGGAGAAAUUACUCUCAGAGAACCCAUCCAGGGAAGAAAUCUUGUAAAUGCAAUGAAUGUGGGAAGUUGUUCCAUUUCCAGUCAGAACUUAGGCGCCAUCAGAGAUGUCACACUGGAGAAAAGCCCUAUGAGUGCAGUGAAUGUGGAAGGGCCUUUGGUCAUAUUUCAUCCCUUAUUAAACAUCAGAGAACUCAUACCGGAGAAAAGCCCUAUGAAUGCAGCGAAUGUGGGAGAGCCUUUAGCCAGAGUUCAUCUCUUGUUCUACAUUAUAGACUUCAUACUGGAGAGAAACCCUACAAAUGUAAUGAAUGUGGAAGGGCCUUUGGUCAUACUUCAUCCCUUAUUAAACAUCAGAGAACUCACACUGGAGAAAAGCCCUAUGAAUGCAAAGAAUGUGGGAGAACCUUCAGCCAGAGUUCCUCUCUCAUUGUACAUUACAGAUUCCAUACAGGAGAGAAACCUUACAAAUGUAAUAGAUGUGGGAGAGCCUUCAGCCAGAGUUCCUCUCUCACUCAACAUUAUAGAUUUCACACCGGAGAGAAACCCUACAAAUGUAAUGAAUGUGGAAGAGCCUUUGCUCACACUGCAUCCCUUAUUAAACAUCAGAAAAGUCAUGCUGGGAAAAAAACCCUAUGA